UAGCCACCACAAGUUCGGCAACUGAGCGCCGGCAUAUUGUAUUUAUUCGCUGGCCACGUCCCAAAGUGAGGUUUGUCGGGCACGGGAUUCGUUUGGCAUUCCACGUACUUUUGUAAUUACUGUUUAGCAUAGAGAAGUGAACAAUUUCGUAUAGUAUAUCGUUUAAGUGAAACAUAAAACAUGGUACGUAAAUAUUUAGCGGUUUUUCUGGCCGUGAUUGUGGCUGGAGUGAACGCUGGAGAACAGGAUGUCGUGGAGCUUACGGACAAUGACUUCUCCACUAGAAUUGCGGAAUUCGAUACCACCCUCGUUAUGUUCUAUGCACCCUGGUGCGGACAUUGUAAAAAAUUGAAGCCCGAAUAUGCAAAAGCCGCAGAAAUGGUCCGUACCGAUGACCCGCCAAUAACUCUUGCUAAGGUCGAUUGUACCGAAGCUGGUAAGGAAACUUGCGGCAAACACGGAGUAAAUGGCUAUCCAACAUUGAAGAUCUUCAAAAAGGGCGAAUUCUCACAAGAAUAUAGUGGUCCACGUGAAGCCAGCGGAAUUGUUAAAUAUAUGCGAGCUCAAGUCGGGCCAGCAUCAAAGGAUUUGUUAACCGUAGCUGACUUCAAGAAAUUCUUGGAAAGUCCCGAAACAUCAGUGGUUGGUCUAUUUGAGAAGGAGAGCGAUUUGAAGGGAACUUUCCUCAAAUAUGCUGAUAAAAUGCGUGAGAAAUUGCGUUUUGGUCACAGCACUGCACCUGAAGUAUUGAAAGAAGCAGGAGAAACUAACGCCAUUGUAAUCUUCCGUGCUCCUCAAUUGCACAACAAAUUCGAACCUUCCUCUGUCAAGUUUGAGGGCGAAACUCUUGGAGAAUUGACUGAAUUCGUACAGACUAACUUCCAUGGUUUGGUCGGUCAUCGCACCCGUGAAUCCACUCAAGAAUUCAAGGUUCCACUUGUUGUUGCCUACUACAAUGUCGACUAUGUCAAGAAUCCUAAAGGAACCAACUACUGGCGUAAUCGUGUAUUGAAAGUCGCAAAGGAAUUCGCGGGACGAAUCAAUUUCGCUAUCAGCGCCAAGGAUGACUUCCAACAUGAAAUCAAUGAAUACGGCUACGAUUACACCGGUGAAAAGCCAUUGAUCUUGGCUCGUGAUGCUAAGAAUCAGAAAUUCAUAAUGAAGGAUGAGUUCUCUGUGGAAACUUUGCAAAACUUCGUAUCUAACCUUGAAGAUGGAAAACUUGAACCCUACGUCAAAUCUGAACCGAUCCCAGAAUCAAACGAUGCACCUGUUAAAGUUGCAGUUGGCAAGAACUUCCAAGAGAUUGUGAUUGACAACGACAAAGAUACUUUAGUUGAAUUCUAUGCUCCCUGGUGUGGACAUUGCAAAAAACUGGCGCCAGUAUUUGACGAAGUUGCCGAGAAAUUGAUUAAGGAAGAUGUUUCAAUCGUUAAGAUGGACGCGACAGCAAAUGAUGUACCACCACCAUUUGAAGUUCGAGGCUACCCAACUUUGUACUGGCUUCCAAAGAAUUCGAAAUCAAACCCACGACCAUAUCAAGGAGGUCGCGAGGUUAAGGACUUCAUUGAAUUCAUUGCUAAGGAAGCCACAAACGAACUGAAAGGCUACGAUCGCAAGGGCAACGAGAAGGCCUCGAAGGACGAAUUGUAAUUCGUGCAAAGAUCUAACGAAGAUCAAAAACAUUCUUUAAUAAACAACUAGUUUAGGGUAUUGUUAGAUUGUGCAAUUUCUAAUGAUACUACAUCUCAACAUUUUCUAGGAAACAUUUUCGUUAUAAGAAUUUUUCCUUUAAUUUUACGUUGUGUCUUAAUUGUAAUCGCGUAAUAGAUAGAAAGAGGAAAUCCAUUCAUUCGAUUAUUGUCAUUGCAUACGCAGGUGAUAGGCGUUAUUGUGUUGUGAGUUAAUAAAAUUCAUACAUUCAUACAUUUUACAUAGAGAAAGAACCAUUGCAAACAACAAAAAAGUAAAGCAUCCGCCAACAAUGACUAUUUUAAGUUUAAUUUAUGCAGAUGACCGCAUAAAUGAUAUGAGGAAAUGUAUAACAUUGGAUUGAGAAGAAACUGUCGAAAACAAUUAUCUCAGUAUGAGUGAUGAAAAGAAAUUAGUAAAGAAACAUUUUUAUAUUAAUU